AUGUUCAGCAAGAUGAAAAAGCUGUUUGGGGGUCCACCUGUGGGACCAACCCCUGCUCCAGCUUCUUCCUCAGCCCCUGCUCAGGCCUCUACCUCAUCUCCAGCCCCUGCCCCAACUCCAGCACCUGCCGCAGCUCCAGCUCCUGCUCCUGCCCCUGAACCUGCCAAGGAGGAGAAGCCAGCAGAAAAAGAAAAUGAACCUAAUAAAGAGGAGAAAGCCCCUGAACCAGCUCCUUCCCCAGCUCCUGCCCCUGCUGCCACCCCGGCUCCUGCUCCUGCAGCAGCUCCUGCUCCCAAACCGGAGGAUAAACCUGCUGAUCCAGCAAAUGGUCAAGCUGCAGCUGAGGGGCAGGAGGAACUGCCCCCACCACCACCCCCAAUUGUGAUAAACAGGUACUCUGAUCAGCUGCUUCGUGAUGUUGUCAAACGGAUGCGAGAGAGAACUCAGUUGUAUAAGGAUAAGGUCAUAGAUCCUUAUGCAUCUUCACCAGAGCGGAGUCCUCCCGUUACACCUGUUCUGAGAAAACGAGAUUUCAUAAAAAGAGAGGAGGAAGAAAAGAAGAGAAAAGAGGAGGAAGAAAAAAAGAAAAAAGAGGAAGAAGAGAGAAAGAAGAAAGAGGAGGAAGCUAAAAAGGCUGCAGAAAAAGCAGAGGAAAAGAAGGAAGAAAAAAAGGAAGAGAAGAAGGAUGACAAAAAGAAAGACGAGAAAAAAGAGGAGCCGCCCAAAGAGAAAGAUGAUUCCAUUUGUCCAAAAAUAAAUUGUAGCUGCAUAGAUACAGUGCUAAAACCCAUCGAAGACAGGAUGGAUAAAGUCAUCGGAAGCUCCAUAGAUCCAUUCACAGAUCGGCGUUACAUUUCUUGGCUUAGCUUGGUCACUAUCGCCUUCAACUACAACCUUUGGUUCAUACCAGUUCGAAUGGCCUUCCGCUAUCACACUCCAAAGACCAUUCCCUACUGGAUACUUUUUGACUACUCUGCUGAUGUGAUCUACAUGAUUGAUAUGAUCAUAUUUCAGCCGCGACUACAGUUCUGCAAAGGUGGAGACAUCGUUCAUGACAGGGCUGUAAUAAAGAAGAACUACAGAGAGACCCAAAAAUUUCAGAAUGCUUUGCUAUCUAUCCUGCCUUUGGAUUUGCUCUACAUCCCCUUUGGAUUCAAAUCCAUCUUCAGAGUGAACCGCAUCAUGAGAUAUGAGGCAUUUUUUGAGUUCAGUGAUAGACUGGAGGGAAUCAUGACAAAGGCUUACAUUUGGAGAGUUAUACGCACCAUUGGAUACCUUCUGUUCAUUCUACACAUCAAUUCCUGCAUUUACUAUGUGGCCUCUGAAUAUGAGGGAAUUGGAACAACGAAAUGGGUGUACAGUGGCAACGGUACUGCCUACCUGAGAUGUUUCUUCUAUGCAGAAAAAUCCCUGCUGAUGAUUGCAGAGCUGCCAUUUCCAGAGACCUUAUUUGGUCAAGUCUUUCAGAUGACUAACUAUUUUUUUGGGGCCCUAUUUUUGUCCACCAUCAUGGGCCAGAUGAGAGAUGUCAUUGGGGCAGCCACUGCAGGUCAGACCUAUUUCCGUGCCUCCAUGGAUUCCUGCGUUGCCUACAUGGUGACAAACCGUAUCCCUAAGCUGGUGCAGUCCAGGGUGCGCACUUGGUACAACUACACCUGGGACUCCCAGGGGAUGUUGGAUGAGUCGGAGCUACUGGAGCAGAUGCCACUGGUCAUGAGAACAGCCAUUGCGGUGGACAUCAACCUUGCUACCUUCCAGAAGAUUGACCUCUUUAAAGGAUGUGAUAACCAGAUGCUCGUUGACAUGUUGUUGAGGCUGAAAUCCAUUGUGUAUUUGCCAGGAGACUUUGUGUGCAAAAAAGGAGAUAUUGGCAAGGAGAUGUACAUCAUCAAAGCUGGGGAAGUGCAGGUUAUUGGUGGACCUGACAAUAAGAUUGUUUUUGUGACGUUAAAGGCAGGCUGUGUGUUUGGGGAGAUCAGCCUCCUGCAGUCCUCAGCCAAUGGAGGCAACAGGAGAACGGCUAAUGUGGCAGCUCAUGGAUUUGCUAACCUCUUUGUCUUGGAUAAGAAAGACCUCCAGGACAUUUUGGUCCACUACCCAGAGUCCCAGAAAGUCUUGGCCAGGAAAGGAAGAAAACUGAUGAAGGCCAAAGGCCCAGCUGCAGCCAAAGCUGAGGAGGAGAAACAAAAAGGAUUGGCACUGUUUGGACCCAAACCGCCUACGCCCAAAAUACUGCGUGCCUUUGGAGGUGGUUUCACUAAACAAGGCUUUUUGGAAAAACUAAAGAAUGCUGCUGCUUCAGAUGAGAAAUAA